AGGAAUACCAUUACCUCCUACCUCCUACCUACAAAGUCAUUCUAUUUUCUUCUCUGUUCCAAAGCAGAGUUUUUAGUUCAUACAACAAAUUACCCUUAUUUUCCUAUGCUCACAUCCAAUUCCAAAACUCACUUUCCUAUAGUCUUUUUCUAUGCUCAAACAAAUUUCACAAACCGGUUCAGUGUUCAUUGCAUUUUCACAUUCUCUAUUCUCUACUUUAAAAUACAUAGUUUCUCCUGCCCCUCUAGAUAACCUUCCAUUUUCACUUCAAGUGAGAAUUAGAGUUUGUUCCGGUACCCCAAAAAGUCUAGCAUUACUUUUUAAUCGAGACUUAUGGUAGUUUAUAAUCACUCAUCUUAACACAUUGAAACGUUUUAAUUAAAGAUAAAAGUGAGGGUUUACACAAGAUUUAUAACCAACAACACUUCAGAAAAAUUGUGCAGAAAAACCCUUAUAUCAUACACACAACUUGACUUUGGGGAAUGGAGUCGUUCAGUUUUAACCUCCAAGCAGAGAAAGCCAACGCAAUCCUAAAACAUCAUAAGCUUCAAAGGGCAACAACUUUGUUACGGCUAGUUGAAGUAUGUGUUGUUUUGGUCUUGAUUUCAAGACUUUCUAUGAAGUUACCAAUUGUGGUAAGAAACUCGAGCGAGUAUUUAAAGGAUAUUUCAGUCUUUAUCAAUAGCCACUAUUUUGUCUUUGUUAUCGGAAACAUUAUAAUCAUCACGCUGUUCGCUCAAGGUAAUGGAAAAAACAUUCCAAAAGAACAGGAACAUGAUGAUAUUUAUGAAAAGUUGGCAGGUAAAAGUAUAAAGCACGAAGAAAAAGAGAGAAUGAUAAAAUAUGAUAGCACAAAAGAAGGUGCUAGCAUAGAGAACAAGAGAAUUGAUGAUGUGGAAGAGAAAAUGAAAACUAAAACAGAGUUGAAGAAGGGUUAUUGUUAUAGAAGGUGUGAAACUGAGAUUUUGAAGAAACGGCGUCGCGUGCUGCAAAGAUGUGAGAGUGAGAACAGCGGAAGGAAAAAGAUUGAAGCUGCUCCUGCUGCUAGUGAGGAGAAAAUGGUGAGAAUUUCAUAUCCGGAGGAUGAGAUGAGCAACGAGGAGUUUCGUCGUACUGUAGAGGCUUUUAUUGCAAAGCAACAAAGAGGAUUUGAGGGGUAGAAGAAGAUUAGUCAUCUUUAUCAUUGAAAAAUUUACUAACUAGAUGCUAACCCACGAAUUGAGCGGGUAAUAUGUGGAAAUUAAAAACAUGUAAUUUCUAUUAUUAGAGUAAAACAUAAACAAAUAAUCAAAUA